GGUUAUUUGUUGCUGAUACAGAUCAAUUCUAAUUAAAUCUGAGUUGUUUAGGGUUGUUUCAGUUAUAAAUCUGAGUUGUUUACUCUGGUUUUCCCCCAAUUAAGUUUCAAAUGAUUUUUUACAGAAUUUGUUUUACUAAUUCUGACUUAAGUCUAAGAUUAACAUGCUUCAUCAUCAUUCAUCAUAAAUUACCUCAAUUUUAAUCGUUUUAUUGUUAGCAUGUUGAGGAUGAUCACAAUGGAUUCAAUGUGAAAAAGUUCAAUAUUAUUCCGGGAAUUUUUUUUUGGAGGGAAGGCAAGAUGAUGAACAGCGUCUAACUAGUACAUAUGAUGGCCGGCUCUGAGGAUCAAACCAAAUCUGAGUGGAUAGAUAGAAUAAGAUCUGAAGGAGCCAUUCCAUUUCUUGAUUCGGAUAAAUGUUCAAAUGGUUGGGCUUCUCCACCUGGCGAUGCAUUCAUGGUUAGAGGUCCCGAGUAUUUUACCACAAAGGUUAAGAUUCCAGCAGGUGAUUAUCUACUGAAACCUCUUGGAUUUGAUUGGAUAACAAGUUCAACAAAAAUUGGUGAGAUAUUGAAGCAUCCAAAUAGCAGAGUUAGGAAGGUGAUUGAGAAUGAGUUUCCAGAUGGUGAUAGGCCUUUCGUGUGGGCAUUCAAUCUUCAACUUCCAACCAAAGAUAACUAUAGUGCCGUUGCAUAUUUUACAAACAAAGAGCCUAUUGUGGAGGGUUCACUAAUGGACAGAUUCUUGAAAGGCGAUGAUGCUUUUAGAAACUCAAGACUUAAGUUGAUUGCUAAUAUUGUUAAUGGUCCUUGGAUUGUGAGAAAAGCAGUUGGGGAGCAAGCAAUAUGUAUAAUUGGGCGUGCACUUUCAUGUAAGUACUGUGUGACAGAGAAUAUCAUGGAAGUAGAUAUUGAUAUUGGAUCUUCUAUGGUUGCAUCUGCAAUAGUUCAUUUGGCAUUUGGUUAUGUGACAACUAUGACGGUUGACCUGGCUUUUCUUAUUGAGGGACAAACUGAAUCAGAGCUUCCAGAAAAACUCUUGGGUGCAUUCAGAUUUUCAAACCUUGAUCCUGCUUCUGCUAGAUCAAUUGAGCCAUCAUCUAUUCCCACCACUGCUAGUUUACCAAAAUCUUUGCCAACAAGAUGGUGGAAUUCACUUGGGCAGAUUCUUCAUUCAGGUUCUCAGGAAGAUGGCUCUACUCCUGGCUCACAAAAUUCAAAAUAAAAUUGUAUAGAUAUUUGGGUUCCAAACGUACAUAUGCAGUUUUUCCAACUCAAAUCCAAACGAUACUCAUGUUUUCAAACUUAAUUUCAAAUUCAUUUCAUUUAUGUGUGGUGUGAAGGUAAAUGUUCUUGAGUGAAAACCAAACAAGAGCUAUGUUCUGUUGAAGGGUUUUCUGAUGGCAAUCGUUACACACACACACACGAGAGAUUGAAAAGAAGUGAAACCUAUUCUGUUUUUGGUUCACUUGUUUGCUUUUAUUUUAGUUAAAAUAUUAUGAUUUUUUAGCUGUAGGUUUGUAAACAUAAACAAUUACUAGCAUUCUGUUUUUCUAACUACAUUAUCUUGAUUACAGCAUUUUAUCUUU